ACAAAAACUAAUUGAGAAAUAGAUAUAGAAGAGGUGGUGAUAGGUACUAUGAAAAAAAAGAGGAAGAAAUAGCAUAAGGAGGACAGCGGAGGUCGGGAGGAGGAAACUUCUUGCUCUUUGAGAACCUGCCUCCCUUCCUCAUGCUCAUGCCCUUGCUCCCACUGCCCAGCUGGCCGGUUAUCUGGCCACAACUGGAAAAUGAGAUUUUUCAUUAACUUAGUGAAGAAAAUAUGACAGCCAGAUGGCUGGAAAGGCAAAUAAUGCAGUAUGUAAACUAAACAAAACGAGAACUUCUGAAAGCAAUGUUUUCCGUACAUUCUUAAUAGAACACCAAAUGCAUUUUGGUUUCUAUAGUGUAGUUCCCCUUAUCAGAAAGCCAACUUUUAUGCUGCUUUUCGCCAGUGCUUUUGUUUGCUCUUUACUCACUCAGGCCUUCCUGAGCCAUAUAAAAAGAUCAAAGAAAGCCUGUUUGAGGUUUUUCUUACAGGAAGCCACCAGUGAAGGACUCUGGAAAGGACAGUGUCUUUGUUCCAGUUCACAAUGGAUUGGCUUCAGCUGUUCUUUCUCCAUCCUGUAUCACUUUAUCAAGGGGCUGCUUUUCCUUUUGCACUUCUGUUUAAUUAUCUCUGCAUUAUGGAUUCAUUUUCCACCCACGCCAGGUACCUCUUUCUGCUGGCUGGAGGGGGGGCCCUGGCCUUGGCCGCCAUGGGGUCCUUCGCUCUGCUUGUCCUCAUCCCCGCUCUGUGGGCCACGGUUCUGAUUUGCUGGCUUCACCCACGGGAUGUGCACAGGUGGGCUUUCUUCUUUCAGAUGAGCUGGCAGACGCUGUGUCACCUGGGGCUGCACUAUACCGAGUACUAUCUGCAAGAACGUCCUUCCAUGAGGUUCUGCAUCACUCUUUCUUCCCUCAUGCUCUUGACGCAGAGGGUCACAUCCCUCUCUCUGGACAUUUGUGAGGGAAAAGUGAAGGCAGCAUCAAGAGGCAUCAGGGAAAGAAGCUCGUUGUCUGAGCAUCUGUGUAAGGCACUGCCCUAUUUCAGCUACUUGCUCUUUUUCCCUGCUCUCCUCGGAGGCCCCCUGUGUUCCUUCCAGAGAUUUCAGGCUCGUGUUCAAGGGUCCAGCUAUUUGUGUCCCAGGCGCUUGGUCUGGGCUCUGAGCUGGAGGGGUCUGCAGAUUGUGGGCCUCGAGUGCCUAAAGGUGGUCUUGAGGAAGGUGGUGAGUGCAGGAGCAGGUCUGACCGACUGCUGGCAACUCCAGUGCGUCCGAGUCAUGUGGUUCACAGCCGGGCUCUUCAAACUCACCUACUACUCCUGCUGGAUCCUGGAUGAUGCCCUCCUCCAGGCCGCGGGCUUUGGACCUGGGUUUGGUCAGAGCCCUGGUGAGGAGGGCUACAUUCCUGAUGCGGACAUCUGGACACUGGAGACCACCCACAGGAUAUCCCUGUUCACGAGAAAGUGGAACCAAAGCACAGCGCGGUGGCUCAGACGCCUUGUAUUCCAGCAGGGCGGGGCCUGGCCACUGCUGCAGACAUUUGCCUUCUCGGCCUGGUGGCAUGGACUCCAUCCAGGACAGGUGUUUGGUUUCCUCUGCUGGGCUCUGAUGGUGGAAGCUGAUUACCUGAUUCACACCUUUGCCAGCAUGUUUAUCAGGUCCUGGCCAAUGCAGCUGCUCUAUAGAAUGCUCGCCUGGGCCCACACCCAGCUCAUCAUUGCUUAUAUAAUGCUGGCUGUGCAGGCCAGGAGCCUCUCCUCCCUCUGGCUGCUGUGUAAUUCUUACAACAGUGUCUUCCCCGUGGUGUACUGUAUUUUGCUUUUUCUAUUAGGAAAGAGAAAGCAUACAUUUAACUGAUAUCUUUCCCCAGCCUUCAUCACAUGCAUCCAUGAAACAGAGUUUAGAAAGUGCCAGAGGGUGUGUUGAUGACGCCUAUGCUUGAACUUGUCCUUACCAGAAGGGUUUUUUUUUUCAAGUAUUGGAUAUAUACACAUGAUGUCUACCCACAGAAAUUUAUGUAUCCACUUUAACAAGCGAUUAUACUGGUACUGAAGAUUAAAAAAAAAAAAAAAGACAAAGAUGUGGUCUCUUCCCUUAAGACUUAGAGUUUAGGCAUGGAAGCAAAGUAAGGUGAUAAGUAAAAACAAGGUACCGUCAACCAAAUGGCAAAUGGUAUACACAGGGACAACCAAACAUUGAGUUCCCAGCAGGUCACUUGAUCCUGGACUGCGAGUUUAGCAAGACAAAACCAACAAAAACGAAAACCUAAACCAGGGGCGCC